AUGGAAUGAAAUCAUAAUGAAUGUCUCCAAGAGCGUGGGCUUUCUGAUCAGGCCAGCCCAAAAGAUCUAAGAAUUGCUAAUGGAAAUUUAAUGGAAUACCUCCAAGAGCUAUGUGAUAAAUCAGAGCAAUCUGAAUUAUGAGAAUGAGCUGUUUCUAAUCUAAAUGAGAAGAAAACUCUUGAAAGAGUAGCUAAUGAAUUGCAAACUUUGUCAAAAAUAAUCCUAAUCAGUUCUUCUCCUAAACGAGGAAAUCACUCCGAUACUUAUAAAAUUGAAUCAAAAUUAUUUUCAAGCCACAAUCUUAAUGCUCAUUGUUGUUACAAAAGAAAAGCAAAAGAAUUAAUUGAGCCUCUCUCAAGUAUCGAUUAUAAGAUAGCUCAAAUCAUCGUCCGAGAUUUAUCAGAUUGAACAAGCAUUGAAACAACAAAAAAUACUUAUUUCAAUAAAAUCAACAUUAAUUCUUUAUCAAAUGUUUUAGCAUCCUUUAAAGGUCUGCUCUCUUCAAAAUCUCAAGGACUCUUAUUUAAUCUAAUCCUAUUAUCCAGGGAAUCCGACGAAAUAACUGCUGCAUCCAGCAAUGCAGCAACUAUUUUAGCAAGAAUAAACUACUCAUUUGUAAAUCAAAAUUUAAGCAGGAUUAAAAUUCCCAAUGCAAACUUAUCAGGUAGCCUUUUUAUCAAUACUAACCUAGAAAAUAGCGAUUUAACAAAUACAGUUCUUUCUCAAUCACACUUUUAUUUUACGAAUUUUGAAAGUUGUAAAAUGGAUAACUGCAAGUUUGGCCAGUUGCCAGAAUUUUUGCCUAAAGAAACAUGCAAAACUAAAGAAUGCCAAGCUUGCUUUUCUCCGUGUGGAAAAUAUUUAGCAAUUUCAACGAGCAAAAGCUUAAAAAUAAGGGAUAUGGAAACAUGUAAAAAUUUCCGGAAAAUGAAGCAUGAAGGAUCUUCAAAAAUUUUUUGGUCUCCCUGCGGAAAUUUUAUUUGUUCUGUUACUCCUCCACCCAUUCAAUAGCUGAUGAAAACACUAAAUCUAAUAAAAUGGAGUUGAAUGGAGAAAGUAGAAAGAGAAAAAGACUAACAGCUGAUUUUCAUAUGAAGAUAUAGCCUACAAUUUCAAUGUAUCAAAGUCAAGUGUUGGCGAAUGGGUAAAAGACAUUCGUCAAUUGAAAAGGGGAGAUCAAGGUUUAAAGAAAAGAAAGCCAGAUGCAUAUUAUUAGCUCUCAUAAUUUUUUUAAUGCCUUUGCGCUUAAUGAAUUCUAUCUAACUCUCCCCAUCUUUAUUUCAUUAGAUCUAGUAAAUUUAUAAUGAACGAUUAUCUUUAUAUAAUUUAAAAUUUUUUAUAUUAAAAAAAUGUCCGUCAUUAAAUGGUACCCUAUUAAAUGGGGGGGAGUUAGCGAAAAUAAUGUGAAAAUGAUUGAUACGAAAAAUAGCUAUCAGGAAGUAAAGCAUAAAGUUGACGUUAACCCAAAAUCUUUUUGCUUUUCUAAGAAUUGGAAAUAUUGAGGCUCUUGCAAGCAAACCUGAGGAAUCCAAUGCUAUAGUGUAAAUCCCUGGAAAAAACUUUAUGGGAUGUCAAAUGGUAAAGAGUUUUACAAAUAUUACUAUGGAGGUAAGUUUUUAUUUUCUAAUUGUGAAAAUUAUAUGAUAAUUGGAAAUUCUUCAGCUAUCUAUAUUUUUAAAAUAAACCCUUGAAGCCCAAUAAAGCAGAUCAAAUGCAAUUGAUAUUCAUAUUUUUCUUUAUCAUUUACACCAUCCUCAGAUUAUAUUUUUUUAACAUUCUUAAACUGUGUCCAAUUGAUGAACAUAUGAUCAGAAGAAUCAAUAGAAAUAUUAAAAGAACCUUCCUCAAUUGAGAUUUCUCUAUAUGAAAAAGAGCCAUUAAUAUAUGAGCCAGAUGGCUAUACCAUUAAAACGAUUGAUUUAGGAAAUCAAAAAAUCGCUAAAACUUUCUUUGGAAACUCUAAAAAUUCCAUAACUUCAAUUGCUUGCUCUCCUUGUGGUAAAUAUAUUGCUCCGGUUGUGUCUUCGCUAAAAAUUGAAACUUAUGAAUCCCCAGAUAUUUGCUCUAACAUUGAAAUUAAUGGGCACUUAGGGAUUAUAAAAUCUGUUGAAAUUUCUGAAAGUGGCAACUAUAUGAUUACAUCUAGCACAGAUCUAUCAAUUUUAUGAGAUAUUCAAAAUAAAUCUCAAAUCAAAAAGCUUCUAUCCAUAAAUCAUUAUGGCAAUUAUCAUCGCUCAGCCAUAUCCAGUACGGAUAGCUAUUUUUUGGUAUUCAACGAUAAUUGGAUGUUUAUCGGCAAUAUUAAAGAAAGAAAAGUAAUAAAAAAGACAUUUAAAGACUGCUUCUCUUAUGCAUCAUUUUCUUAUUGGAGCAGUGGCUAUAUUCCAGAUAAAUUCUUAACUGUGUAUUCAAGCAAAUUUAGAUGCUUAAAAGUGCUUGACAUUGAAAAUGGCACUACAAAAAGAGCAUCCUCAUUGAUGAAGUCUACAUCUAAGCCACUUGGUUUUAGCCCUUGCGGGACAUAUUUUUUCUCAAAAUACUCUUUAAACUCGAAAUUUUGGAGAAUUAGCAUUUGGAAUACGAAAAUUAUGAAAAAGUUGGCACCUUUUGAUACAAAUAUGAAAAGUAUUACAGACUUUGCAGCUUCAUACCCUGCUCAGCAAUUUAUUUUUGCUUUAAUUGAGGAGAAGAGAACUGUCAAAAUAUUCAAUAUUGUAAAUUAUGCGAACAAUGAAUUGUCCAGCAUAGGCUGCGCUUUUUGAAAAAAUUUUGAUUCAAUUGAAGAAAUUGGUCAAGUUGCAUUUUCUUAUUGUCAAAGAUAUCUCAUAGCAUGCCAAGAGGAUAAAUUAAUUACUAUAUGACAUUUAGAAACUGAAAAUGUUGUAUUGAGGAUUAGCUCUUUGCAUAAAGCUACAACUAUCAUGAAAUUUGCAGUUACUUCAUGCAGUGGGUAUAUAGUAAUCACAGAAAAUAAUUUCUUUUGAGUUUUAAAUUUGAAGUACGCUAUGGAUAUUUUUGAGAGAAAUGAUAAAACAUAUAUAAAUUGCGAAAUUUAUAAAUUAUGUUUAGUGUGGCAUUCUAGGGUGUUAGGGUGUUAG